GGACAUAAACAAACUGGAGGAUUUGGCGGAUUUCGUGAAUGUUUUGAAGUAUUGUUUCUGUAAUUAGAUUUGGAUGUGUCUUUUAGAUACAAAUAUGACUGAAGGACCUCAGGAAGUGCAAGCGGAGAAAUAUGAUGCUAUGUAUACUGAAGCAAUCCGUUUUCAGUCUUUUAAAAAUUGGCCAUUUGAUGAAAGUGCAAUAUGCUCUGCAUCAAAGAUGGCUGAAGCAGGAUUUUUUCAUUGCCCAACUGAAAAAGAACCGGAUUUAGUUCAAUGUUAUGUUUGCUUUAAAGAAUUAGAUGGAUGGGAGCCUACUGAUGAGCCUUGGGCAGAACAUUUUUCUCAUUCAAAAGACUGUUUGUUUGCUCAAUUAAAAAAGCCACAGAAAGACCUUACUAUUGAAGAAAUUUUUAAUAUUGAAUGUGCUAGAAAAUAUAAUAAGAUUAAACGAGUGAUCACUCAACAUGUGCAGGAAUCAAGAAGAAUAAAAGAGGACUUAAUAGAAUAUUUAGAUACAUUAGAUGAAUCAUUGGAUAAAACAAAGAAAAAGAAGAAAUGAAAUGACAUUUACCUCCUUCUCAGAUUUUAGUGAGACUUUGAUGAAAUGCAAAACUAAUUCAUCAUAAUGCUUAGACAAUCAUUUCUGAGCAAUAAAAUACUUUUGAUGAUUAGAGAAAUUCUUAAUUCUAUAAAAUAAAUAGUUUUGGUUAUCACUUUCUUUAGUAAUAUUUUCUUCAUUACAUACAUAUUUGAUUUUCAUAGACUUCUUUCUAUAAAAUAACUUACAAGAAAAUAGUAUGUUAAUUGAAACUGUUUACUUUUUUCUGUGAAAUGUUUACUUAUAAAUUGUUUACCUUGCAUUUAAUUUUAUUUUGGAUGAUACAUAUUUGAUGUUUUGAAAAUAAUAAUGUUAGAUUGUAGACAGUGUUUUUGUACUUAAGAAUGGUUUUAAAGCAACAGUUUUGUUACAGUGAUGUAAAUAGUGACACUUUUCACUAUUUUGCAUUUAUUAUUAUUUUAGUGUACUAUUAGAAUUUUUUUAAGCCUGCUUGUUGUGUAUUAUUUAAAACAUAUGGAUUAUUUUCCGUAUAAUUCAUGACUAACUCUUUUAGAUCAUAAAAUUAGUAAUGCAUAUACAAGAUGUCCACUCUAAUCAUAGCCCAAUAACCAUUUAAAAAAUAUUCUAAUCAUAGUCUGUUAGCUAAUUUCUAAACUGUUAUGUUUGGCAUGUAUUUUCCCCAUGGAAAUAUAAUCUAAAUGGUGUAAAGAAUUAUAUUUUAUGUUAUUUGAGUCAUUGACUGUGGUUGAAUAAUGACUUAAACAUUAUGGUGUUGCCUAAUCAUGGCUCUUUCGAUAAAAUAGAAUCUGUUGAUUGAAUAAACUUCUUUAAGUAGCCAUUAAAAUUAUUCAAAAUAAUAAUAUUCAAAGCUUUGCAUCUUAGUCUGUUUUAGUCAACAAUAUAUAUAUAUAUAUAUAUAUUGCUUAAAAAUUUUAGAAGCCAAUAAUAUUUUACUAAUUAUGACUAAUGGAAUUGGAAGAUGGGGAAAUCAAAGAAUACUGUUUCAGUUUGCAGUAUAAUGCCUAUCUUUUACAGUUUAGAAAUAAGCUAUUGAAUCAUGACUACCAAUAUGAAUUUUUGUGGAAACAUGGAUUUCACCUUUUUCAGAAUCAAAUUUCGUUGUUCUUGAGACUGAUUAAUUUUUCUUUAUAUAAGAGUUCUACAAUAUUUUUAUUGUUAUUGCAUAAAUUCAUAAAUAAUAUGUUUAUUUUAUUAUUCAAUGAAUCAUUCUUAUUUUACAUCUCAACAUUUAUAUUUUAAUUUGUUUGAUACAAUUCAUCACUUUUUUUAAGUUCCUUUUUUUUUUUUUUUUUUUUCCAUGCCUGUCUUAUGUCUGUAAUUAGAAUGGACAACACAGUAUAUUGGUUUGUUGAUGUCAGGUAGAUCAUGUAACAUCUGAACUUGCAUUUAUAAUUCAUAUCUAUUUAACAAUCUUUUCCAAAUUUUACAUAAUGUUUGAAUUGCACAAAAUGCAAAUUGGUAUCAGAUUGUGCAAUAAUUAUUUACUUUUUUUUUUAACUUUUACAUUAUGUGUUGUUUAUAUUUAUA